GUAAGUGUGUGUGUAUACUAGUGGCAGCCUUGGAUAAUCAUCAGCACAAUGAUACACGGAUGCCUCUGUGGCCACAUCAGUUAUUGUCAGUGGCUGGUAGUGUGCUAUACACUUGCGCCGUUAAAUGCAACGUCCUCCUGCUCUCCCACAUCUUAAAACGUAGAGUCAUGAACCACAGUCUGCUCGAGGACGCGUCCUCAGGUUUGAGCGCUCAAAACGACGUUUUGUUGAUUAUCGUUCACCCGACCACCGUGAAAUUGCACCAGCUCCUUCUUGGUCGCUAAAAUCGGGAGGAUCUUGCGCAGUGGUAGGGAGCAAGCGGUGGCGGACACUUCGGGGAAUGUCGGCUGGACGUCACUCUGACAUCGGCCUCCUCAUAUUCUAAGCAAAUGGGGUCAGUGGGUGUUCAGUGAAGAGUCCUAGAGAGCAGCACAGCAGAAUGUCCCAGUGUGUCAGCAAAGUGUUUGGCUGAGCAGUGUGGGUGACAAGUGUGAAGCUCCACAGACUGAUAGCGUCCGUGCCCCGGCCUGAGACCUUCACCAUCAGCAAACCAAAUGCACCCCGACAAUAAACUGUCCAAUCAUGGCAAGCAAGCGACCAGCGACGGCCAAGCCAAGAUCCCAAAUGUAACUCAGCAGCAGGGAGCUGCCAGCAACCUGGGGUCCAAGGGCCUGGGGGCGGGGAACCAUGGAGUGAAAACCAAUCAGAUUCCUCCUGGCAACCCUGUGCUGAAGAGCAUCAGCCAGUCGGUGAGUGCUGUGGGCGGGAUGCUGAAAGCCAAGACCAAACGGGAGAGGAGCGUGUCUAUUGACUCUGGUGAGCAGAGAGAUGCCAUCACCCCAGUCAUGGAGCCUGAUUCCAAAGCAGAGGGUGUUAUGCGCAGUAAGCGGCGCUGCGUCCUGGAGAAGAAGCAGCCGUACAGUGGGGAUGAGUGGUGCUCUGGGCCCGACACCGAGGAGGACGAGGACAAACCGCACCCCGCCAUCAUCCGGGAGAGAGGGAUGGUCGGACCCAUCCAGAGCCUCUCAGGGCCCUCCACAGCCGGGGCCAUGUCGGACCCCGGGGGCCCGGCCCUGGGACGGGGUCAGGGGCCGGGCGUGCGCUCAGAGCUGCCCAGACCUUCCCAGCAAGUGGUGUACGUCUUCACUACCAGCCUAGCCAACAGCGCCGCCGAGGCCGUGAUGCACGGCCACUCCGACUCCAUCCUCCUGUUCCACCAGCAGAAUGUCCCCCGCGCCAAGCUGGAGCAGGGUCCUCCGUCAGGGAAACUGCCCAGCCUGUCCGAGCAGAUGAGCUCCAGCAGUACCCCUCCUAUGGGUACCCCCAAGUCUCAAAGUGGGACCCCGAGGCCCGCUUCUGUGGGAGGGGGUGUGGGGGCCCACCUGCAGCCGGCAGGGACCCCAUCUUCAACAGGCCACCCGGAUGGGGAGGUUUCCCAAACCAGACCUGGCGGAGCCUCCAGCAAUAACUCCAGUGCCGUUCCCCAUAAGCCUUCCUGCAGCACGGCCACCCCUCCAGGCCCGGCCCCAGAGGGGCCAGGGGGUCUGCCCAACCCCGGGGAAGGCAUCUCCCCCUCGGGUAGUCCGUCUGUCCUCUCAGCCCACCUGCAGGGAGACCCAGGACAGAGGGGGGGCCCGGUGAACACGGACGGCCUGUCGAAAGAGCAGCUGGAGCACAGGGAGCGCUCUCUGCAGACCCUGAGGGACAUCGAGAGGCUGUUGCUACGCAGUGGGCCCGGAGGAGCCCCUGGAGAACCCGGGGGCCCUAACACCAACGCCAACCUGAACAAUAACUCUGAGGGCAGUGGUACUAUAGAGGAAGGGGACACUGGUACCAAUAAUGCUGGCAACUGCAACAGCAGCAAUAUCCUGCCUUCUGGCAUGCCCCCUAUGGGUGGGAUGAAGAAGUAUGAGGAGCCCCUGCAGUCCAUCAUAUCCCAGACCCAGAACCUGGGAGGAGGGCCGGCCAUGGAUGACUCCCAGAUGGGCCCACACCAGGGGAUGCCACCUCACCCCCACCACCACCUAUCCUCCCCGGGCCUGGACAUGGGCCCCUUGCUUGGGCCUGAUGGCCUGACCCCGGAGCAGAUGGCCUGGAGGAAGCUCCAGGAGGAGUACUACCAGGAGAAGAGGCGCCAGCAGGAGAUCCAACCCCACACUCACCCACAGCAUUUCAGGAUGAUGUCUGAGAUGGGGAUGCAGGGAGGACCCCCUAUGAUGAUGAGGGGACCCCCUCCCCCUUACCAUAGCAAGGCCGGAGAGCAACAAUGGGGCCCUGGACCUAUGAUGGGGGGUAAUGGUCGCAUGAUAGACAUGCACCAAGAAGGGCCCAGGGGCCCCAGAUUCCUGGCCCAAAUGCAGAGAGGGCCGCCUGGAGGAGGGGGGUUCCCUGGUAGCCCUGGAGGUGUUUUGUCAAUGGAGGGUUUGGGCCCUCAGAGGCCCCCCAGACCAGGAAUGGUCUGGAUAGAGGACAUGCCCCCUAAUAUGGGCGGUGGGGGUCCCUUUCAUGGCUGCUAUCCUGGUGGGCCGGGUGGAAACCCUCAGCACAUGCAGGGUGACCCCGAGCGCCUCCUCACCCGGGAAGAGAUGUUUCGCAUUAUGGAGAAGCGGCAGCUGCAGGGCCUUCACAGGCUGGAGCUGGAUCGGCUGGCCAAGCAGCAGCAGCAGCAUCAUCAGCAGCAUCAUCAGCAGGGAGGGCUCGGGCCCAGGCUGAUGGACCCAGGGUUUCCCAACCUGGCCAUGGGCAGAGGUCCUCCCUCCAGGGGUGAACCCAUGGACUUCCCGGGCUCACGGGAGAUGGUGGGUUCCCCUGGAGGAGGGGGCGGGCCUCAGAUGAGGGACCUUGUCGACUCCCCUCUUGGGAACCAGCUGAAUAUGAACGUUAAUAUGAACAUGAACCCUCAGAUGAGUUCUCAGCAGCAGAUGAUGCUGGUUCAGAGGCUACGUGGAGGCUCUUUAGGGGAGAUGUUGAGCCAUGAGGACAUUUCACGAAUCAGGGCUUCACAGAAUGGGAGGGGAGGGAAUAAAGGAAUGAUCCAAGGACCUGAUGGCCCCCUUCAAUUCCCCAACCAGGGCUCAUUCUCUGGGGGCCAGGUGGAGGGGGGCUACCUUCAGCAGCCUGGGCCAGAGAUGUUUGGACCUGACCAGCAAGGGCCCAAUCAGAUGGGGGGGACAUCCCGGCUCAGUCACAUGCCAAUGGGUGGAGGCCCCAGGGGGGCGGACAUGGGCUCUCGCCAUCCCUCUGACCUGUCAAUCAACGUCAACCCCAUGGUGUCCCCAGCCAUGCCCCCUCCCCAUCAGCUCAAGUCUCCGUCCCUGAGCCAGGAGCCUUCGCCUCUCCUUCCCUCCCCCUCCGCCCCGGGCCUCAAGUCCCCCUCUCAGAUCUCCUCUACUGGGACUCACCCUCCGCUGCCAGCCGUGUCUGGUGGAGGCACUCCAUCGUCCUCCUCCAUGAAGUCUCCUCAGGUGAUGGGGGGAGGCUCCACUCUGGGGCUGCGCUCCCCAGCGGGCUCCCCCAGACAGCUCAAAUCCCCGGCCAUGCCCGUGGCCUCUCCUGGUUGGACGUCCUCUCCCAAAACGACUCUUCCAAGUCCAGGUGGACCAACCAGUGGAAAGGGUAAUGGAGGAAGCAGCUCCACAGAGACAGGCCCCUCACUGCCCCCCAGGAGUUCUAACUCCACCCCCAUCAGCCAGCCAGGCUCCAUGAAUCCCAGCAUGCCUUUCAAUUCUUCUCCAGACAACCCUCCCUCCCAGAAUCCUCUGUCCCUGAUCAUGUCUCAGAUGUCCAAGUACGCCAUGCCCAGCUCCACCCCUCUUUACCACGACGCCAUCAAAACCAUCGCCACGUCCGACGACGAGAUGCUUCCCGAUCGCCCUCUUCUGUCUGGCGUCAACAUUGGCGGUAACAUGGGGAACCACCAGGCUCAGAUGAUCCUCUCCCAGGGGUCAAUGGGGCCACACAGUGGGCCCCAAAGCCCCAUGGGCAUGGUGCUCCAGCCCCAGCUCGGCCACGACCCCUCUGGACCUAUGCUGGGCUCCCCCAACUCCAUGGGGAUGUCUGGCAUGAACCCUGCCAUGAUGGGUGGAGGACCCCCAGACGGAAUGGGGCCCUGCAAUAUCUCCCCCAUGCACCCUCAGAACCAGAUGGGCGGCUUCCCUCGCAUGCAGCAUCCCUCCCAUGGACCCAUGCACUCCCCCAUCGGUGGCAUGCCCCCGCAGUUCUCUCAGCCCAACGAAGACAUUCUUCCACAACAGCAGCUCCAUUUGCUCAGCAAGGGGAUGUCCCACCAGCGCCAGCCUCACCCCUCGGACUCUUUCGCACCCAUGUCCAUCGGGGAUGGGCCGGACCUGAGCGAGGUCAUCCGGCCAAGCCACACUGGCAUCCCAGAGUUCGAUCUGUCCCGUAUCAUUCCUUCCGACAAGCCCAGUAGCACCCUGCAGUACUUCCCUAAGAGCGAGUCCCAGCAAAACCCCCACCAGGGUCCCCCAUCCCAGCAGCCUCCCCCACAGCAGCUCCUUAAACAGCUCUCCUCCGGCCCUCCACACAGCAGUGCACCCUCCUCCAACCCACACAUUGCUAAUCUCCAGAACAUGAUGGCAGAGCAACAGCUACCCCCCCACCCCUCUCACUGUGGGAUGCGCCAGGGAAUGGGCAUGCCUCAGGGAGGCUCCAGAGGCAUGGUGUCAGGCGGGGGCAUGGGCCCCAUGUGCCCGCCGGGACAUAUGAUGGGUAGGACAGGCAUGCAGCAGCAGCUACAGCAGCAGCACCAUCAGCAGCAGCCACAGGCCAUGAUGGCUAACAGCCUUCUACACCACCCCUCCCACCCACAUCCAGCUAUGAUGGCCCCACAACAGCACCCACACAACCUGAUGGCCCAGCAAAACCUGAUGAUGAUGCAGGCAAAGCAGAGAGGUAUGUCCCUACCAGGAGACCCCUUUGGUCCUCAGGGGCCUCUUAUGUCUCCCCAGGGCCCCAUGAUGGGCCCCCCACACCCACAGUCUGGUAUGAUGGGCCCCCAGUCACUUAGACAAAGGGGUAUGUCCCUGGACAGUCCCAUAGGUUAUGGCCCUGGAAGUAUGGCAAACAUGCCUUUCUGAUUUAACUCUCUAAAGCUGUAAAAACCUUAUUUUCAAUAGGUUGUUUUUCCAUUAUGUUUUCAUUCAUGUUGUUAUUCCUGCAAUUGUCAAAAAAAUACCGGUAAUAGUCUUCCCAUUUUGGAGAACGACUGAUAAAAAGAAUAUUAAAGACACCGGCACGCGGUUCAAUAACAAAUCUGAAGCCAUUUUCUAAAAUGUCUGUAAAAUAUGUAUAUUUCACAGAUGCGUGUAUUUGUUUUGGCAGAGGUGAGGGGGAGAGUGGAGUGCCUCUUGAAUUUCUAUUUGUUUUAAUAUCAUGGAAUAUUCUCUCCGACUACCAAACUGUUGUGCAAAGAAAAUAUAUAUAUAUAUAUAAUAUAUAGUUGCUGUAUAUAAGUUGCAAUUUGUGAUUGUUUGCAAUUGUUCUGUAUAACUGUUUUAAUAUAAGUCAAAAAAAGAA